GAGAGGGAGAAGGGGAGAGAGAGGGAGCGUUGAGACUCACUCCGCGGUCCUCGCGCACACAGAUGGAGAGGGAACCAGCAGAAGACAUCCCUGACCGGUGGGUUUAGUCACAUUUCCAUGCACAGAACAAUUUCUCAUGUGCCUUGGCUGUGCGAUGUAAAGUCAAGAAAUGGCAGAAAGUGGAAGCAAUGGGGAAAGAAGAAGCGAGGAUGAAGGAAGAGGAGGCGGGAAACCUCUCCAGGAGCCUCGCAGCUCGCCUCUUGGCCUCUCCCCAGGUGGUGGGAGCAAGAGGCACCUCCCUCGAGGGAUCGUGAUUCAGUUGACUGGGACAGAGGGAGAAUGGGACAGUCUGGAUGACAGUGAGCUCAUCUUCUCCCUGGACCACGAUGAAGAUUACCCAUCUAUAUCUCUAUCCAGGGAGAGGCAGCUUUCUGUUGAAGAUGACAGACGGUUACAGUCCCAAGCUUUCCAUGUCCCUCUUUCCCCUUCGUCCCCUGGCUCUCUGGGCAACUGCUCUACCACUGGCCCCAGCUUCCUCUCCCCAGGCCCUUCUUCACCCACCCACCGACCCCUUUCAAACCUGGUCAAGUCUCUCUCCACAGAGCUGGAGCUCAAAGAAAGCUCCACCCUCAGACCCAAGCCCCUUCUCAGCCUCGUAAAGUCCAUCUCCACGGAAAUCUCCCGCUCAGAGCCGGAGGUGUCUCAGUCGAAAUCAGACUCCCGCCUCAACCUCCACCUGUGGAAGCAACUCACCCAAACAAAGACCCGCAGCAAUGGGGACUCUCGCACCGCACCCCCUUCUCCUAGCUCGCUCUCGCCCAGCGGAGAGGGUCUGAGAGGGGGCUUCUUCAAAAUGGAGUUAGAGGACACCAAGAGGAAGCUGUCGGAGGCCAUGCAUGAGCCUCUGAGCAGCAUGUUCAGUAAGAUCAUGAGGGAGGAGAGCGCAGGCAGCCCCAAACACCAGAGUAAGAGCCAGGGGCCUCAUCAGGGUAGCUCCAGAGGUUUGGGACGUGAAGGUAGCACGGACACAGUUCUUUCUGAGUCUCCUGUGAGGAACACUAGAAAAACAGAUGCUGAUGUUUUACCAGUGUUUGACUGGCCGUCUGUUAGACAUCCUGGGAGAAGCCACCGUAGCUCCUGCCCUGUGCAUCACCACAGACAACACUACAGGGAGGAGGAGCUGGAAAUAUGUACAGACGGUGAUGUGAUGCAAGUACUGGCUACGGAGACUCACAGGCAGGAGAGGAGAUCACCUAUACUUGCAGCACCCCUCAUUAGGACUUCUCCUCUCUCUCAGCCCCCUCGCCCUCUGCCACGCAUGAGUUUAUUCUGCGUGGGAGUGCUGUCCUAUGGCUAUUUCAUCCUACCUCUCAGUCCAUACUUCUCUGGCCUGGCGCUGGGAUUAGCACUGGGCUUCUUGUUAGGACUGUUGCUCAUUAGGAUGGGUUCGCCCAGGUCUCGCUGCACAGCUCCUCCACACAGACCAGCACAUACUCUGUUGGGAGAGGCGAUUCUGACAGGUGGCACCAUCAGCGCCGAGCCUGACACCCUCAAGGGCUGGAUGAAUGAAGUACACGAUUACGACCCAGAAACCUACCAUCCAGCUCUGACUCACUCCGUGUUUGCCACCCUGGAGGGCUCCUGUCUCCGUCUGGACUCUCCGCGUAACAACAUCAGCCGCAGGGCCACGUACGAUGAGAGACUCCACGAGGCCACCUUCGUCAAGUCACGCUCCUUUCAUCUCGCAAAGAGCAAAGUAUUCCUGCUGCCAUCUGUGCUGGCUCGGAAGAGGACGUGGAACCCAAAGUAUCCCAUCUGCAUCCAACUGGCCAGGGGAGCAAACUCCCUGGAGGAUGAGGGAGGAAGGCCGGAGGGGAGUCGAGGAGAGGAGCUGGGAGCCGAACCAGCAAGUCCGCGUCAAAGCUCUGCCAAACACGUCCAUGACUUUCCCACCACUCUUUACCUCUUUGGCCGCACAGGGAGAGAGAAAGAAGAGUGGUUUCGUCACUUCCUGUUUGCAUCCAUGCACACAGAGAGGGAGAAGGAGAGGGACAGACAGAGGCCUGGCAGAUGUGUAUCCAGAUCGGGUGAUCCAGCAUUAGCACAGAGCGUUACUAACCAAAGUAACAUCCCAAGCAGCAGAGGCUCCAGCAGAGUGGGCAGUAGUGACGAUGACGCCCCCUUCACCCCCCCAAUCCCCUGCAUCCCUGCAGCUCCCAUCAGUCAGACCUCCAGUAGCACCAGGGGCCUUUCUCUGCUAGACUACCCCGGAUACAUGGCUCGUCUCCUGGCCACAGAGGAGCUGACGCCCCUCUCCAGUCCUGGAGCUUGCAGCACAGAGACAAGCCCCACCAUCAAAGGACAUUGUACCUGUGAUAUAGCAGAGCACCCUCGGACGAGCCGGACAGACUGGGCUAACGCUCUAAUUGGUCGAAUCUUCUGGGACUUCCUGCGAGAGAAGCACUGGGCUGAUGUGGUUUCCCACAAGAUCCAGAAGAAGCUGAGCAAAAUCAGAUUGCCUUACUUUAUGAAUGAGCUGACUCUGACUGAGUUGGAUAUGGGCUGCUCCAUGCCACAAAUCACCACUACCUCCAGACCAGAGGUCAACUACAGAGGCCUGUGGGUGGAGCUGCAGCUGGUCUACACUGGUGCCCUGCAGAUGACCCUGCAGACAAAGUUCAACCUGUCCAAGCUGGGGAAAGAGGGCGGUCAGGACACGGACUGUACAAAUGAAACUGGUAGCCCUCGCUGCAGGCCCAUCUUCAGCGUGUUGGCGGACAGCGAUGAGGAGUCCUCCAGCGCUGGGUCUUCUGAUGAGGAGGAGCUGCCUCUCUCCGAGCCUCAGGGCCCGGUGGGGGAGAAAGGAUCCACACCAGCCACUGAUGGGACAGGGGGCGGAAAGACUGGAAGGAAGAUUUUGAGAUUUGUGGACAAAAUCGCAAAAUCCAAGUAUUUCCAGAAGGCGGCAGAGAACGAGUUCAUUAAGAAGAAGUUUGAGGAGAUGUCCAACACGCCCCUUCUGCUCACUGUGGAGGUUCAAGAGCUGUCAGGAUCUCUAGUUGUCAACAUCCCACCGCCUCCCACAGACAGGAUAUGGUACAGCUUCUGCGUGCCCCCCAAGCUGGAUCUGCACGUCCGUCCCAAACUCGGGGAGAGGGAGGUGACUUUUUGUCAUGUGACGGAGUGGAUAGAAAAGAAACUACAGGAUGAGUUCCAGAAAGUGUUUGUUCUGCCAAACAUGGACGACAUCUACUUACCCCUGAUGCGCUCCAGUGUGGACAGCCCUAAAGCCUCCCAGCAUCUGUCCUCGCAGUCCCACCGGUCCCAGAGCUCCUCCACAGAGUCCAUAGAGAGGAUCCCACCUGAGAUCUCUGGGGCAGAGUCUGACUAGUGCCUCGCUGUUGACCCUGCAAGAUUCAUUACAUUAUACAGUAUACUCACAGUGAGAAAAGGGGGAGGAAGCAGAGGAAUGAGAACUCAAAGUGACAUUUGCCUCCACAGACUUCAGUAGCUCUUAGGCAGACUCACUAACCCUCAUGUUUAUGUCUGAACCAGGAGUUUCUACAGGUCUGAUGUUCAGUGUUGUAGGUGCUCAGGUGGGGUUUGUUUGUAACAGAUUACUGCACAAGUACAAGUGAUACCUUCUGCAAAUGUUUACAUGUGAAUGACCCCUAUGAGAUUACAUACGUGACGUUUACAGCUCAGUGUCACUUUGGAUAUACGAUGAUUAAAAGCACCUGCUACCACAGAGUAAAUGUGAAACUUUCAUGACACACCAGAAACACAUUUCCUCUACAAAUCUUACAUUUGAACCUUUUUAUAAAUACCGCAAAGAUGCUCACGAAUCUUUUAUGAGACCUCCUGCACAUACUUGAACUUAUUCUCCUGCAGCAUUUUCAUGGAUCAUGAAGAAUCUAUUACACA